CAAAUGCCCUUGCUGACAGUGCUCUCAGGAGCGUCUUGGUCUCUUCAGCCACAGGGUCCCUCGCCAGCUAUGUGGUAACCAGAGCUGAGACGCAGAAAUGCUCUGAUUUCUGGAUUUACCUGGAGACAGGCAAGUCACCACAGGAACUCGCCGUGGCUGGUAGGGUGCCUCAGGCUGCAGAGAAUCUGCCCAGCCCAGAGGACAGAGAGAGCGUGGCACCACCAGUGAAGAGGAACAAGUAUGGGGAUGUUGUGGAGUAG